CUCCUGCUCAGGCCAGCCCUGUGCGGUCAGGUGGGGUUCACACUGCACCCCUACUUUGCAGAGGGGACACUGAGUACCGCUUGUCCCCUCGUUCACUUACUGUGGUGGCUUCUCAGACAACAGGCAUCCUCAGGGCUCCUGACCAGGGGCCUUACUUUCCGCAUCUCCCGGGAAUCAAGGGUGGCUCUGCGUGUCUUCCACCUGCCUUGGGCAGACUUCAUUUACUUAGCUCUUAGCAGUGUGGAUCCUCUUUUCCCCAAAGUAUCUGUCAACUCAGGCCUCUGA